AUGAACGUUCGGAAGCUGUUGUGCUUCACUUCUCUGAGCAGACGGUGUUAUUCUGCGAAUCAUGUUUCUUCAGACUAUCAAGAUAUAAUGGUAAGUCAUGGAAACGGAGAUGAUGAAGGUAUUGUCACUAUAGGUCUCAACAGACCAGCAGCAAAAAAUGCAAUUGGUAAAACCUUACUAUCGGAUCUGACUCGUGCAUUGGAAGAGAUAAGAUUUAAUCAAAGCGCUCGUGUCGUCAUUAUCAGAAGUCUCGUGCCGAAAAUAUUUUGUGCUGGAGCUGACCUUAAAGAAAGAGCGAAAAUGGAAAUUACAGAAGUAAAUAAAUUUGUGAGUCGUUUGCGAACUUUUGCAACAGCUUUGGAAAACCUCCCCAUGCCCACAAUUGCUGCCAUUGAUGGAGCUGCUUUAGGUGGUGGUCUUGAAAUUGCUCUGGCCUGCGAUUUACGUGUUGCUGCGUCCGAUUGUCGCUUGGGGCUUGUGGAAACUAAACUGGCCAUAUUACCUGGAGCCGGUGGCACUCAACGUCUUCCUCGAUUGGUCGGUCCGUCCAUAGCGAAAGAGCUCAUUUUCACAGCCCGAGUAAUGAGCGGUCAGGAGGCCGAGGAAAAGUGGAUUGUGAAUCACUCGGUUUCUCAAAACGAAAAUGGGGAUGCCGCCUUUUUGAAGUCGUUAGAGUUGGCCAGGGAAAUUACCCCUAACGGCCCAGUGGGGGUACGCAUGGCUAAAUUAGCUAUAAACAAAGGCAUCGAAGUGGACUUAAAUACGGGCAAUGUGAUUGAAGAAGCGUGUUACGCGCAAGUUAUACCUACCAAAGACAGAUUAGAAGGAUUAGCUGCAUUCAGAGAGAAAAGAACCCCAAAGUAUACUGAAAUAGAAGCAUAUAUUCUGAAAGAAAGAAAAUAUUAUAAAAAAGAAAACAAAAAUAUUUGCCCAUCUUGGGAUAUGAACUCACGUGUUAAGGAUUUGUUAGCUGAUGAUGGAGGAUUUGAAAUGGGAGCUUAUCUCAAUAAGAUUUGUCAGGCUCCAAAUUUAGAUAAACUUGCAAAGAAAAGUCUUAUUUUCAGUAAUGCAUUCACAUCUGUGAGCAGCUGUUCUCCUAGGCCCUUUUUUUUGUAUGUUGGAUUCCAUGAUCCACACCGUUGUGGUCAUACACAUCCAGAAUAUGGAAAUUUUUGUGAAAAAUUUGGAAAUGGAGAGCCUGGAAUGGGUCUGAUUCCAGACUGGGAACCAAUAUAUUACCAACCUGAUCAACUUAAAGUCCCAUAUUUUGUUCAGGACACUGUUGCUGCCCAUGAAGAUAUUGCUGCUCAGUACACAACUAUAUCACGUCUAGAUCAAGGUGUGGGAUUAGUGCUUAAGGAAUUAGAAAAUGCUGGAGUUCUAGAAAACACAUUGGUGAUGUACACUUCAGACAAUGGCAUUCCAUUUCCAAGUGGACGAACAAACUUCUAUGAUCCAGGAAUGGCAGAACCAUUUCUUUUAUCAUCUCCACGAAAAGAUGACCGCCACAAUGAAGUGACUUAUAGUAUGACUAGUCUCUUAGACAUAGUACCUACUGUAUUGGAUUGGUUUAAUGUGUCAUAUCCGGAGGGUUCUGAAUUGACAGGAAUAUCAUUAUUACCUCUUCUCAAACAGGAACCUAAAGAAGAUAAGAGAGCUGUGUUUGGAAGUCAUAACCACCAUGAAGUUACUAUGUACUACCCAAUGCGAGUAAUAAGAACAAAGAGAUAUAAACUUAUUCAUAACAUGAAUUACAAAAUGCCAUUUCCAAUUGAUCAAGAUUUUUAUUUGUCCCUGUCUUUCCAGGAUUUAUUGAAUCGAACACAAUCUAAGCAACCACUUUUCUGGUAUAAAACUCUUCAAGAUUAUUACUACAGAAGUGAAUGGGAAUUAUAUGAUUUGAAAUAUGAUCCCAAUGAAUCAAGGAAUUUAGCAGAAAAAUCGUCCUACAAGGCUGUGCUUACUGACCUUAAACAACAACUCACACAAUGGCAAGUUAAAACUUUAGAUCCAUGGAUUUGUUCCCCUCAUGGAGUUUUAGAGAAUCAGGGUCUCUUCAAGGAUCAUCCUUCAUGUUUGCCUCUUCACAAUGAACUUUAAAGCUGUUACAGAAUAGAAAGAGCAGCUUUAGAAUUUUGUAAUCGAAGAUGUGCAUACAAUGCCCAAUUGCACUCAAACUGGUGAAUGGUUACACAGGAAGACAAUCGAUGUCUAGUAUUAUUUUGUCUCGCUAUUCUUUAAAUUAAUAUGUAUUUUCCUAACGAAAACAGAGGUAUUGUUGGGGUUUUAUUUUUAUUAAAUUGAAAAUAAAUAUAUUUUAAAUUAUAUGUAUAGAUUUACAGUAUUCAAGAAUUGCAUUUGUAUCUGAUGUACAUUGAUGUUAUUUUAGGCAGGCACUAACAAAUAUUUUACUACAUAAAUAAAAGAGAAGUUAUUUUUCA